AUGUCACAGCAGCAGGACGACUCUCAGGCAAGAAUGCGAGCAUUCGAGGCCAUGCUCGACAGCUCACGCGGCGUCCUCGAGCAGAAAGUCGAGCUGCACUCGCUCCGUCGCUUAUGCGCUAGAGACACGCCGUCACACAUGCGACCGUUAGCGUACUCGCUCCUCCUCGGAACACUGCCUCCGGAGAAGAAGCUGUGGAAGCGCACCCUCCGUCGCAACAGGGAGAAGUACUACACGCUUGCCCAGACGUUCAUGGACGAGCUCGAGACUGCGCCUCCGCCAUCCGAGCCCCUCGAACCUCUCGACGCACUCCUCGUCCGCAUCUCGAAGGAUGUCGAGCGCCAAGACCUCCCGAUCUUACAGUCCGCUACGGCAACGUCGCGAUCGACGCCGCUGUCACCGCCACCAGACGGCUCGUCCUUCUCUUCAGGAUCGUCGUCGGAAGAAGAUGCAGACCAGGAGAACGCCCGGAGACAGGACAAGUCGCGCAAGCGUCAGCGCACACCGCCGCUGUUAUCACGCCGCGCGCUGUUUAUGCGUCUCGAGCUCAUCCAGGCUGGCAGCGCGGGCGGAUCAAAGUCCAAGGGCAAGGAGAAGGAGAGCCAAGAGCCAAGAACGACUAGCGCCGGUGAGCAGGAGCCGACUACCCUCAUCGGGCAGGCGAUGCUCUCCCCGACAGCAACCAGUCACGGCGGCAAGAUGCCGACGCCUGGCCUCUCACUCACGAUCCCGGGCGAGUCGACGUCCCAGCCCCCGUCACCGAUCACGAUUCUGCCAGCCACCGAGCCGAUCUCGCGCGAUGGCACAUCUUCCCCGAUCCUCGUCUCGGACGCGAUCCUGAAGCCCGACACGCACGCCGAGGCUCUCACUCGUCUGCUCUACGUCUUUUGCCGAACGAACCCGCAGUGGGCGUACAGCCCGACCUUCGUCGAUGUCAUCAUCCCGCUCUAUCUCGUGUACCUGGAGGCGACGUCGCGCCCGAGCGACCCGACACUGCGCCCUCGACAUGCUGAGGAGGACGCGUACUGGGCGUUCAGCGCUCUGAUGGGCGAGUUCGGCGACAUUGUGUCCGCAACGCCGGGGAAGGACGACAUGCUGAACAUGGCGUUGGCCAAGGUCGGCCGCCGAGUGCGAUGGGCGGACGAGCCAGUGUACAAGGUGCUGUGCGAGCGCAACCUCGAUCCGUCGACGCCGCUGUACACGUUUCAGUGGAUGACAUCUCUGCUUGCGCACGACCGACGCCAUCUCCUCCCGAUUUGGGACUACAUGUUCGCGCAGCCGCCAGCGGUUCCCGACUUCCACCCGAAACUCGACCUGCUUGUCGAUCUCUGUGUCGCCAUGAUCUGCCUCGCUAAGAAGCACAUCAUUUACCCGCCGCACCAGCGCUCGCCGAAGAAGAAGGGUUUAUGGGACGAGGAGAACCAACCGACGCAGAUGAGCGAAGCUGAGGACCCGGACAUGGCGUUCGUGCGGUGUCUCCAGCUGUUCCGCAACUACCCACUGCAAGAGGUCGGCGGCGUUUAUUUGCUUCUGAACAUGGCGUUUGAGCUGAACCAGGCGCGACGUUCCGCAGUCGCGGACGGCGAAAACCCGGACGAUCCGGAACCAUCAGCGUCGCGCGACGAGGCGGGCAACUCGAUCUGGGCUUCCGUCAAGCUGAAACAGGCUGCUGCGUCCGCCGCCCAAGGCGCGACAGCGAGCACGGGACGACUAUGGUCGCAGGCGUACGAGUCUGACGCCGCCGCAUCGAUCGCCAAGGCAAAGAGCAACUUCACCGCUUCUUACAUCGCCGCAUCGGCCAAGUGGAACGCAGCCCCGGCACCGGACUGGAAGGGCAUGGCCGGGCGCUGGCUCAAAGGUCGCACUAGGGGUGACGACGAGGGCUCAGUGUCGGGCGAGGAGUUUGAGCACUUCACAUCGCUGCCGUCGACGCCGGGCCGAUCACCGCGGAACACCAUCAACGGCGUCCUGAACGGCGGCUCGCCGGACAAGCGCGGUGUGAACGGCGCACGUAACCGCAGCGACAGCCUUGCAUCCACCUCCAACCUGUCGGUUACCAGCCUGCAGGACCGUCUCUCUGGGCUGGCACUGUCGCUUGGUCAUGGUGCGCCGCCAGUGCCGAAGGAGGAGCCGCGGAAGAACACUGGUCCGCGCCCUCUGUUGCUGUCGAGCUCUGCUCGUAGGGCGAGCAACUCGUCGACCGGUUCGCGGAGGGAUCGCUUCACCCGGAGCCCGUCCCCGAACACGCCUCCUGAAGGUCAGACGCACCUGUACCGCAUUGGCAGCCGGAACCCGCCGCGAUCACCCAGGCGCUACGUCGUUGACGUGCAUGGACGAUCGCCGAACGGCAGCGACUCCGAGUUCACGCGGCGCGACUCGGUGAAUUCGACGGUGAGCAGUACGCCGUGCGACAGCGACGGGUCGCCUCUGGGGCCCAACUCAGGGCUUGGUAUCUCACCCAUGAAAUUUUCGCCGAAACCAGACACGACGCCCACGAUCCCGCAGUCUGUCCUCGACGCCGCGAAAGCCAUGGAGGUCUCGAUCCCGACGCCGCAGAUCGCGCACCUGACGGAGGACGACUACGAGCAUGUGUACGAGCCGGCGGAGGACAGCUUCAUCCUGCUCGACGCGCUCGAGGCGGACGCCUCGGUGCUGCGUGCGUCGAAGCCGGCGCUCGCGCUCGAGAUCGGCUCCGGCUCCGGCAUCGCGAGCACGUUCAUUGCGACCAUGUUCCCGCCAGGCGAGGUAUGCGUGCUCUCGACGGACAUCAAUAAGCACGCGACUGACGCGACCCGCCGCACGGGCGAGGCGAAUAAGGUCGCCUUGAACCCGAUCCUGGCCAACCUCGUCGACCCUCUCCAGCAGCGCAUUUCCGGCAAGAUCGACCUGCUCGUGUUCAACCCGCCGUAUGUUGAGACGGAGAACGACGAGAUGACUGCGACGCAGGCGGGUCGUGAUAUCGGUGGCGCCUGGGCCGGAGGCAGCUUCGGCAUGCAGGUCACGAACCUGGUUUUGGAGCGAAUCCCGACGCUCCUUGCGCCUGGAGGACGGUUCUACCUCGUCGCGAUCCACCAGAACAAGCCCGACGAGAUCAUCGCGCGCAUGCGCGGCAUGGGCCUGGAGUGUAAGUGCCCUUACUGCAAGCUAACGCCAGACUGUCAUGAAGCGCCGAGCGGGCCGCGAGCUGCUCAGCGUGAUCCGGAUGAUCCGCCCCGCGACCGAGCCGGAGGGCACGCGCACGCCUCAGCCGCUGAAGCGCUCCAUCUCGCGCGGGAGCAGGCGCGGACACAUGCCGCAGGAGUCGGCCGACGCCGACGACGAGGCCGAGGCGUACGGCGAGCUGCUGGACGCUUAUGGUGCGUGAGCCUGCGCCGAAAGCAGGCGGCGACCGAAGAUGGCUGGGCAGUCAGCUCAGGAGAUACAGAGAUAGACUUUGGAGCAGCAAGCUUCCGAGGUGUUUAG